CAGACCCGGGUAGGGCCGCGGCCACCGGAAGAGUCGCAGUCUCCAGCGGAGCCGGGAGAGUGGGGAGCGGAAGCGGCGGCCGCGGUGGCGGCAGGCGGCGCUGGGACCCGGGAGCGACCGGAGAACAAGGGAGCUGGCGCCGCGGCCGGCCGCCGAGCUAGGCUGAGCCGCUGGGCCGCGCCGAGGGCCGUCGCCGCCCGAGAGGCCCGGCCCGGCCGCCGGAGCAGGCCGCGCGCGGGCCGCCGGGCCCGAGGCCGGAGCCAUGGGCGAGACCAAGAUCAUCUACCACCUGGACGGGCAGGAGACGCCGUACCUGGUGAAACUGCCCCUGCCCGCCGAGCGCGUCACCUUGGCGGACUUUAAGGGCGUUCUGCAGCGACCCAGCUAUAAGUUCUUCUUCAAGUCUAUGGACGACGAUUUCGGAGUGGUGAAGGAGGAGAUCUCCGACGACAAUGCCAAGCUGCCCUGCUUCAAUGGCCGGGUGGUGUCUUGGUUGGUGUCUGCUGAGGGCUCACACCCAGAGCCAGCUCCCUUCUGUGCUGACAACCCAUCAGAACUGCCACCGCCCAUGGAGCGCACGGGAGGCAUUGGGGACUCCCGGCCCCCAUCCUUCCACCCUCAUGCUGGUGGAGGCAGCCAGGAGAACCUGGACAAUGACACAGAGACAGACUCCUUGGUGUCUGCCCAGCGCGAGCGGCCACGCAGGAGGGAUGGCCCAGAGCACACAACCCGGCUAAAUGGAACUGCAAAGGGGGAACGGCGGCGAGAGCCAGGGGGUUAUGAUAGCUCAUCCACCCUUAUGAGCAGCGAGUUAGAGACCACCAGCUUCUUUGAUUCGGAUGAGGAUGACUCCACCAGCAGGUUCAGCAGCUCCACAGAGCAGAGCAGCGCCUCACGCCUGAUGAGAAGACAUAAGCGGCGGCGGAGGAAGCAGAAGGUUUCGCGGAUUGAGCGGUCCUCGUCCUUCAGCAGCAUCACGGACUCCACCAUGUCACUCAACAUCAUCACAGUCACUCUCAACAUGGAAAAGUACAACUUUCUGGGCAUCUCCAUUGUGGGCCAAAGCAAUGAGCGUGGUGAUGGAGGCAUCUACAUCGGUUCUAUCAUGAAGGGGGGUGCUGUGGCUGCAGAUGGACGCAUCGAGCCAGGAGAUAUGCUGUUACAGGUAAACGAGAUCAACUUUGAGAACAUGAGUAAUGACGACGCAGUCCGGGUACUGCGGGAGAUUGUGCACAAACCGGGGGACACCCUUGCUUUCAGGCCCAUCACCCUGACUGUAGCCAAGUGCUGGGACCCAAGUCCACGUGGUUGCUUCACACUGCCCAGGAGCGAGCCCAUCCGGCCCAUUGACCCUGCAGCCUGGGUCUCCCACACUGCAGCCAUGACCGGCACCUUCCCUGCCUAUGGCAUGAGCCCCUCCCUGAGCACCAUCACCUCCACCAGCUCCUCCAUCACCAGCUCCAUCCCUGACACAGAGCGCCUAGACGACUUCCACCUGUCCAUCCACAGUGACAUGGCCGCCAUUGUCAAAGCCAUGGCCUCCCCUGAAUCUGGGCUGGAGGUCCGAGACCGCAUGUGGCUCAAGAUUACCAUCCCCAACGCUUUCAUCGGCUCGGAUGUGGUGGACUGGCUAUACCACAACGUGGAAGGCUUCACUGACCGGAGAGAGGCCCGCAAGUAUGCCAGCAACCUGCUGAAAGCCGGCUUCAUCCGCCACACUGUCAACAAGAUCACCUUCUCUGAGCAGUGCUACUACAUCUUCGGUGACCUCUGUGGCAACAUGGCCAACUUGUCCCUCCAUGAUCACGACGGUUCCAGUGGCGCCUCUGACCAGGACACGCUGGCCCCUUUGCCGCACCCAGGGGCCGCCCCUUGGCCCAUGGCUUUCCCUUACCAGUACCCGCCGCCCCCACACCCCUACAACCCGCACCCAGGCUUCCCAGAGCUGGGGUACAGCUAUGGUGGGGGCAGCGCCAGCAGUCAGCACAGUGAAGGCAGCCGGAGCAGUGGCUCCAACCGGAGCGGCAGUGACCGGCGGAAGGAGAAGGACCCGAAGGCGGGGGACUCCAAGUCGGGCGGCAGCGGCAGCGAGUCGGACCACACAACCCGCAGCAGCCUGCGGGGGUCGCGGGAAAGGGCGCCCAGCGAGCGCUCGGGGCCUGCCGCCAGCGAGCAUAGCCACCGCAGCCACCACUCCAUGGCCGGCAGCCUGCGCAGCCACCACACGCACCCGAGCUACGGCCCCCCUGGCGUGCCCCCUCUCUACGGUCCCCCCAUGCUGAUGAUGCCCCCGCCGCCCGCGGCCAUGGGGCCCCCGGGAGCCCCCCCGGGCCGCGACCUGGCCUCUGUGCCCCCCGAACUGACAGCCAGCAGACAGUCCUUCCGCAUGGCCAUGGGAAACCCCAGUGAGUUCUUUGUGGAUGUGAUGUGAACAGGGCCCCUCCCCCACUUGCAUCCCACUCCCGCACCCGGGCGGCUGCGUCCCUCUCUCCGUCCGUCCGUCUUUUUUACUUUGUCUGGUACCUGAAAGGGAAAUAAAUUGAACUAAAUUCAGGCGCGCUAACUGCUCGCUGGGCGCAGCGAGGGCGGGGUGCACCCACCGAUCGCCACUGCGGCCCCUAACCUGCCACCGGCCCCAGCUUGCCCCUCUGUCCACUAACCGCUGAGGGCCUUCCCAGGAUCCUUCAUGUUACUGGGACCCGACUUGCUGGUGCUGCUCCUUAUUCCCCACACACACUUCAGGAGUUGAACCCAGCGGUGCCCUUGAGGGCCUGCUCACCCCUUUAUCCCCACCUUCCGCCCCCCGCCCCUCCCCCCGCCACCGGCACCCCCGCAGCAACCUUGCACCGUUCAUUCCAGCUACAUCAGCCCUCCAUUAACCGUAUCCCCUUGAGCAUGUGUGCCAAUCUCUUAACUUUUCCCCCACAGUACUGACACCAAAAAAUACUUGAUUCAGCUGCCCCUCUUCCUAACUGCUCCCGCCCCACAGUGGUGGGGGGCUGCCACAGUCCUGCACCCUAGAGCUGUAGUCACUUCCAAUAACCAUCUAAGCUAUCUCAGCUUGUGCCUGCCUUUACUAGAAGCCCGAAGGGCCCCCUCAGUUGCCUGAGCUGCUAGUGGCUUCCAGGAAGCAUAUCUGCUCUACCCCUACAUCUGUACUCCCAUGCCUGUCCUGUGUGCUGGUUCCUUCAGACCUCUAACUCUACUAACCACUAGGCUCAUCUCACCUCUGGGCCUGAAACAUUUCUUUUCUUUCUUUUUUCUUCCCUCAAUUUUUCCUGGGCCUGGAGCAGCCAAGAAUUACGGGCUGUUUGACUUUCUGUGAGCCCCCAGCAAGGGGAGGCCCAGCCUCCGAGGAGACCAGGAACUCUGCUUCAGCAGCCCCUCAGGGCUUCCCAAGGAUGUUCAGCUCCCACACCCCCACUUCAACAUGUUGAGUCACUAGGCUUUUGGGGGGGGCUCCAGCCUCUCACCCAUGUAUGAGACUCUGUUCCCCUUUCCAGAGAGUGCCCCAUCCUUAUGUCUCCUCUCUCUCUAUUUCUCUCUCUCUCUCUCUCUCUCACACACACACACACACACACACACACACACACGCACACACACACACACA